AUGGCUCAACAGGAGGAAGGCUGGCCUCUGGGUUUGCAGCCAAUGCAUGUGAGAGUUGGGUUGGCUCAAAACAAUGAGUUUUCCGGUUCAGUGUCAUUCAACACUUUACUCACUGGUUCUCCAACUUCCUCUACAGAUUCCUCUUCAGAUCUAGACACAGAGUCCACUGGGUCUUUUUUCCAUGACAGGAGCAUUACACUUGGGAGCCUUAUUGGAAUCAAUAACAUUCUAGAGCUAUCAAGAAGAUCACUGAGGGGAAGAAAAACUGAUCAGGUCUGUAAAGACAGGAAGAGCAACAGCACCACCAAGUUCAGAUUGUGUUUUUUCUCUCUAUGUUCCAGGGACAGUACAGAUGGUGAGAAUGUGAACAAAAACAACCAUCCUCCAUCUCUUGGUCACUUCCUUGCAGUGGAGAGAAGAGCAGCCAAUGAAAAUUAUAGAGAAAACCCACCAAUUUAUGGACCAGAUGAUGAGGUUGCUUUAGCUGAUCAUCAGCCUGCUACACAACCCAACUCACUGUUUGUUGAUGGUCAAGUUGCUCCUCCUCAAUCUAGUCCAUGGCUUGGUUCAGACCAUGUUGACCAGAGAAAACCAGUUCUGUUUUCAUGUAUGUGUGGUGGGCAACUCUCCCAGUGA